AUGUCUUUUGGCUUUGGUGAUUUUAUAGCUGGCGUAAACCUCUGCGACAGCAUCAUCAAAGCCUGUAACGAAAUUAAUAAUGCUUCCAGCUCUCAUAAAGAUUUCGCAGCAUCCGCCCGUGCUCUCCGUGAUGGUUUGAACGGUCUCAUGAGCGCCAUACGAGAUCGAAAUACAACAGCCAAAACCGAAUGUUUCCGGCACCGGAACGAUGAAACGACAUGGCAAUCUUUGCGGGAAAUUACGCUGGAUUUCAGAGCGACAUUAGAGACGAUACAGGCACGUUUAAGACAGUAUCCGGUUGGGGAGAGGGCAGGCUUAGAAAGGCGAAUGAGUUAUUGGUUUAGUGCGAAAGGCGAAGUACAGGAGCUUUUGGAGAGAUGCAGAUACCAUGUUACGAUUAUUAAUUUUGUGCUGGAACCCUUCAAAAUAAAGGUUAUGACAAAUAUCCAGGAAAGCAUCCAAAACCUCACAGGCGAGGUGCUGGAUGUUAAGAAGGAAGUUUUGAAGGUUGGAACCCGCAUGGAAGAGAAUUUCGACGAUAUGAGGGAGAUACUGCAGCGAUUUAACUGCCAACCUGGACCGUUUGAAAGACGCCCACGCGCGGUACCACCACCGCCGCCGCCGCCGCCGCCACCGCCAGCCCUCGAGAUUACUACGGACAGUUUAGAUAUUAGGUUCAAGAAUCAAAUGAGAGACGAUGGAGAGGAUACGGUGUCCGAGUUGACGGAUGUGGCCGUGGGCGAGCUGACGAAGAGUGCUGUGAUAUGGCUCGAGAAGGGAAGAUAUGCUGUUGAUGGCGCCACUAAUAUGGCGAAACUGACACCGACCCAGUACUUGUGGUUAAGAAAAGCGAAGUGGAUUGUGACGUCCUUCAAUGGGCAUCCAGAGCUGCAGAAAUUAGCUAUAAUAGACAAGGAUUCACUACUACAUAAGCUUUGCCGAAAGUUGGAAGACGAGAUUAAAGAGGUCUUCAAUGACAUGAAAAUAAAAGAACUACAGAUCCCUAGCAUGGAUUCAAUUCACUCGCUUGAUCCACACGAGUUCUCACCUUUGGUAGAACCUCUACUUGAGCCUGAUACCACCAUGGAAGACCUCUUCGCAUUCCAGCACGCGUUUGUAGACGCCAACGCCAGAUUCAUCAGCUCCCACUUCAAGGGCAUCAGAUACCAAGAACCCGCCUUAACGCGAAGCUCCCGCGAAUUUACCUCAGGUCUCAUACAACUCUGGCUCGAAAAGCCGCGCCCUCGUCUUGACCCAGAAGGAAAUACACCUUCAACUGAAUCCUCACUCUCUCCAACAACUACACAAACUCAAUCGAUGUCCUCGUGGUCUGCGGCACCAAGUGUUGCCUUAUCCACCACCACCACCACCCACAGACAGCAAGACGGAACAACGGUGUUUGAGGUCAAGAAGGUGGAAAGUUCGAGAUUUUUUGCAUGUCUCAAUGACACCAGUUCCAGCGAGAAGCGGCGCGUAUUUAUAACAUUUGCCCUCGAUGAUACUAUCAGCUUCUCCAACACGAGCUGUUGCAGUAAAAACCUACAUCCUGGUGGGGGCGGAAAAUCUAGAAGACUUCCGGAGUCAGAAAGCGAUGUCUGCUGCAAGAAACUCGUCAUCGAGACAGUGAUAAAAGGUGGUGACUUUGUUGCAAAGUUUCUAGAAGCUAAGGGUGAUGGAAUAGUUGAUGAUAUGAGUAUCGCACUGGGUGAGGAGUACCUACCGAAAGGGAAAAAGGUCAAAUUAUCUUAUUUUAAUAUCAUCUUCGAGUCUAAGGGUGAAAAACUACGGUUCAUGAAUCAAUAUCAUGAAUUGGAAAAAUUACGGAUCACACGGGAACGGAUCACCAGAGCGUUGAUGGCUGAUAUGAGGGAACGUGAGAGACAUGGAGAUCAGUUAAGAAUGGAUGAAUUACCGAAAUCACCGAGGCGUAGUUCGACUUUCUCGGCAUUCUCAUUCAAGAGCGGACGGAGGGGGAGUUAUUUAUCGUGA